AAAGGGGCGGGGCUAAAAGGGGGUGUGGCUCUGAGUGUGGGGGCUCAAAAGGUGUGGGUGUGGCACUUUGUGGGCGUGGCUUAAAGUGAGGGGCGUGGUUAUAUAAGUGGGCGCUGGGGGCGGGGCUUAUGUUGGGUGUGGGCGGGGCCAAGUGUGGGUUCGGAAGGGGCGUGGUCAUUGUGAGUAGGCGUGGCUUGUAAUAGGAUUGAGGGCGUGGCUUAUCGCAAAGUGGGCGUGGUUUGGAAGCAAAGGGGGCGUGUCCAUGCUGGAGGAUGACAUCACCCCCUGCCUGGUGGGCGUGGCCACAGCCAGCGGCCUCCCCCUGUUCUGCCGCCCGCCCCGCCCACAGCUGCCGUUCUCAUUGGUCGGGGCCCUGCACGGGGUUCAGCUCUUCGGGGCGGCCGGGGGGCGAGCUUCGGGAGGCGGCCACGCCCACUGCGCACCUGGCCUGGGCCGGCUACGGGAACAGCCUGACCCUGGUCGCUCUCAGCCCCUCCCCCGGCCCCGCUGGCCCCGCCCUCACCCGGAUCCUCCAAUCAGCGCUCGGCACCUUGGUGCUGGUGCUGGGCCAGGAGGAGCUGCUGCCCGUCCGCAACGUGGAGAGGCUGAAACGGGACCUGAGGGGCUGUUUUCCCCUCCUGGAUUCGCUGCUGAAGCCCCGGGGUGGGGGGGGGUGGGGGAUGGGCGGCCCCUGCUGGCCCCUCCCCCCCGGGACCCCCAGGGAGGCGCUGCAGGAGCGGCUGCAGCGCUUCGCGGGCGCGGCCCUGACGGACCUGGGCUGCGUGCUGUGCGGAGGGGGCGUGGCCUGGAUCGGCACCGCCCACUGGGAGGCGUUGCCCGAGGAUGACUCCGCCCACCUGCGCGCGCUGCUGGCGCCGCCCCCCGGGGUGGGCGUGGCCGCGCGGGACGUGCCGGUGUUCCUGCCCAAUAGCAGCCCGAAGGUGUGCGAUAUCCCCGAUGACCAAUGGGAUUCGAGUCCAUCACUUCCGUGGAUCCCUGGGGCACCGAGGGUCGGCGGAGGUUCCGAGGCUGACCUCGAGCUGGGGCACAUGGCGGUGCAAUGGUGGCUGGCGUGCCUUGAGGACGAAGCACUACCAUGCUCAGGGCCCAAUCACAUGGUGAUCCUCUCAGGUCGGACCGGAGUGCGGCAUGUGGUGGUGCCAAAAAUCCUGCAGCAAUUGCUGGUACAGCUGCUCCUUGGGCAGGGGCAGGGGGCCCAGGGGACGAACCCCCAGCGAGAGGGGAUGCUCACCUCGCCCAGCGACCCCCCCGGGCCCCCCGGGGCCCAAAAGCUGGGGGAGAAAGUGAUUAAAAACAGGCAGGGCCUGGGAGGUUUUGGGGAG